AUCCAGAGAGAGAGAGAGAUGGUGAACCUAGUGGCAGCACAGAAGCCCUUGAUGCUUGGCCUGAUGAAGAUGGCUGGGAUCAAGCCCCACACAGUAGAGAUUGAACCAGGAACAGUCAUGAAUAUCUGGGUCCCCAAAGAAACGAUCAAGAAACCCAAAAAAAGCAAAAACAAAACCACCGCCAGCGCCACCACCAAUAUCAUCAAACCCACCAAGCCUGUAGUGGUACUCGUCCACGGCUUUGCAGCCGAAGGCAUUGUAACAUGGCAAUUCCAAGUAGGUUCUCUCACCAAAAAGUACUCCGUCUACGUGCCGGACCUCCUCUUCUUCGGAGGUUCAAUGACCGACAGCUCCGACCGAUCACCGACGUUCCAGGCCGAGUGUUUAAUAAAUGGACUCAGAAAGUUGGGAGUCGAGAAGUGCACGGUGGUUGGCUUCAGCUACGGUGGCAUGGUUGCGUUCAAGAUGGCUGAGCUUUACCCGGACUUUGUUCAUGCUUUGGUGGUCUCUGGUUCAAUCCUGGCCAUGACUGACUCCCUUAGCACUGAAACAAUAAGCAGCCUCGGGUUCUCUUCUUCUUCUGAGCUCUUGUUGCCUAACUCUGUGAAGGGUCUGAAGGCACUUCUCUCUGUUGCUGCUCACAAAAAGCUCUGGUUUCCUGAUUGUCUUCACCAAGAUUAUCUUGAGGUGAUGUUCACCAACAGAAAGGAGAGAGCUGAGCUACUUGAGGGGUUGAUCGUUAGCAAUAAAGACACUAACAUCCCCAACUUUUCCCAGAGAAUACAUCUGUUAUGGGGAGAGAAUGAUCAAAUAUUCAAGCUGGAGCUUGCCCAAACCAUGAAAGAGCAACUGGGAGAGAAGGUAACAUUUGAAGGCAUAAAAAAGGCAGGCCACCUGGUUCAUAUAGAACGACCCUGUGUCUACAACAGGUUUCUCAAGAAAUUCCUUGCUUCCCUACAUGCAGAUGAAGCCCGGAAAUGACGAACCUACCCGCCUAUAUUUUCCAUCUGAGCUCAUAUUUGUUUGUAACCUUGCUCUGUGAUUUAAAGAAGAAACAUGGGCUCUAUUGUCCAUGACUUGAAAUAAAAGCUUCUUAAGUGUACCAUGAAGAGUAAAAAAAAAGUGAA